AUGAAUGCCACUCCAGCGUUUGGAUAUGCGCCUGGCGUGUCGCUGGCCCCGCAGGAAUACCAAGAUUCUCCAACAGCGGCCAGUUUUGGCUCCAAUAACCCCUUCCGGAACCGCGCUCUUUCGCCUGGGUCCAUUUCAUCGAUCAACCGUCCGGAACGCCCACGCUCUACAAACCCAUUCUUAGACGACGCUGAGGGUAUACCUCUGCAGCCAACCCCUGGCGUGUCGACUGGUGCCAAUAUGUUCUCUCCAAUUGAGAAGAAUGAUAUGUCGUCCAACACUCGGGAGCUCUUUGAAUCCCUCUCUCUCAAGCCUGCUCCCCAGAUAAAUCUUCCUCGGCCUGCGGCGUCUGACGCCACCCAACGCACUCCCUCGAAUCGCACCAAACCCUCAAGGGAGCGCCCGGAGCGUCCAGCAGGACGACCGGCGGUGUCAAAACAGAAAGAUCUGCUCGACAUAUUCGCCGACCCCCCUGCUUUGUCCCAAACCUCCAAGGACAAGGCGCCCCGUCGUGUUCGGCGGAACUCGGAGUCUUCGGUGAUGGAUCGAGGUUCGCUAUUGGACCUUGAUGACGACGACGACAAGCGCCGACGUGAACGGCGUCGCGAGCGUGAGAGUCGCAGCAAAGAUGGCAAAUCGCGCUCGGGCCGCAAGGAUCGACGACUUGAUAUCAUUGAUAAGUUGGAUGUGACGAGUAUCUACGGUACCGGAAUGUUCCACCACGAUGGUCCGUUUGAUGCCUGCAACCCUCAUCGCAAUCGCCGCGGCGUGCGUACCGCGCCAAUGCAAGCUUUCCCCAAGGGUUCCAGCAACAUGGCUCUGGGCGGCGCAGGGCCCAACAACUCUAACAUCGAUCUUGACCUUUUCCAUGGCAGGAUGGAGGAAGGACACACUGACUUCUCGACCGCUGCGAGCCGCAACGCUGAGACGGCCGUCAUGGAUCCCACUGCCCGAGUAGACCCGAUUCAUGGGCCGCAGAGUAUGGGACUGGGAACCAGCACCUUCCUCGAUGGAGCUCCGGCUAGUCGGUCUGCCAUUUCACGCCAUCAGACUGAGAAUGAAAACGGUAUGGGACCGAAUGGUGGCCUUGCACGGAAGAAGAGUUUGGCUCAGCGACUACGUGGACGAGGUGCUCCUGGUCGCAUUGCUUAUCCAAACGACAACUACCCCCCUGCGCCACAGGUGAGCUCCAGCCAUUCUGGAACCUCCCGGGGUUAUGAAAGAAACCCCUACUUCCAAGAAGACGAAUAUGAGGAAGAGUGGGACAAGAAGGGAUCGAGUAUCGAAGCUCGCCUCGAGGGCGGCCGAGUUCGAUCGUCCAGCAGUCCUAAGCAAAUGGAGCACAAGAUCAUCAGCGAGCGACCUUACGAAGAGUCGAGGCUUAACACUGGUGGUGGUGGUGGGUUCUUGAACCGGAUGAAGAGUCUGCGCAAACCCAAGCCGGAAAGACGGACUAGCGACUAG